GCGACCUUAAAAGGAAAAUCUCUCUGUAUCUCUUUCUCUAUCUGUCUCUCGCAAAGGCUGCACCUGCUAAGUCGAAAAUGGCGUUUCCGUACAUGGAAGCUGUCGUCGGUUUCAUGAUAUUAAUGUAUAUCUUUGAAACUUAUUUGGAUAUGCGGCAACAUGCGGCCCUCAAACUGCCGACUCUUCCAAAAACUUUGGUAGGAGUGAUCAGCCAAGAGAAAUUUGAAAAGUCUCGAGCCUAUAGUCUUGAUAAAAGCCACUUCCAUUUUGUUCAUGAGUUAGUGACUAUAUUGAUGGAUUCUGCAAUUUUGUUCUUCGGAGUAUUGCCUUGGUUUUGGAAGAAAUCGGGAGAAUUUGUGGUUCUAGCUGGCCUCAAUGCAGAGAAUGAAAUAAUACAUACCCUUGCGUUUUUGGCUGGUGUUAUGGUUUGGUCACAGGUCACUGACUUGCCAUUUUCUCUGUACUCAACUUUUGUGAUUGAGUCCCGCCAUGGUUUCAACAAACAAACAGUAUGGUUAUUCUUUAGGGACUUAUUUAAAGGAAUUUGCCUUGCUGUUAUACUUGGCCCACUUAUUGUUUCUGCAAUUAUUGUAAUAGUACAGAAAGGAGGUCCUUAUCUGGCAAUCUAUCUCUGGGGGUUUAUGUUUGCUCUUUCUCUUGUGAUGAUGACACUUUACCCUAUUCUAAUAGCCCCACUAUUUAACAAGUUCACCCCUCUCCCAGACGGUGAGCUCAGGGUGAAAAUUGAAAAACUUGCUUCCUUUCUCAAUUUUCCUUUGAAGAAGUUGUUCGUUGUUGAUGGAUCCACAAGGUCGAGCCAUAGCAAUGCUUAUAUGUAUGGAUUCUUCAAGAACAAGCGGAUUGUCCUUUAUGACACAUUGAUUCAGCAGUGCAAAAAUGAUGAAGAAAUUGUAGCUGUUAUUGCUCAUGAAUUGGGGCAUUGGAAACUUAAUCAUACAAUGUACUCAUUCAUUGCUGUGCAGAUUCUUACAUUUUUGCAAUUUGGAGGGUAUACUCUUGUGAGAAACUCAAGUGACUUGUUUCAAAGUUUUGGCUUUGAUACACAACCCGUACUCAUUGGUCUCAUCAUAUUUCAGCACACGGUAAUACCUCUCCAGCACCUAGUAAGCUUUGCUCUAAAUCUUGUGAGCCGAUCUUUUGAGUUUCAGGCUGAUGCCUUUGGUAAGAAGCUUGGUUAUGCCGCUCCACUUCGAGCUGGUCUUGUGAAACUGCAGGAAGAAAAUUUGUCAGCUAUGAACACUGAUCCUUGGUAUUCGGCUUAUCACUAUUCACAUCCCCCCCUUGUGGAAAGAUUGGCUGCACUUGAUGAACCAGAUAAGAAAGAGGACUGAGUUGGCAACCUGUGAAUCAGAACCAAAACUACUUUUACAUGUAUGAAUUCCUUCAGUCUUGCAUACUUGCACUUCGGGACACCGGUGCUCUAUGAGUCAAAUUUCAUCGGUUGCACCCUACGCUAGAUAAAACCUAUAGGUUUUAGAGAACAACAAAAAAGCAGGAUGCCAUAUGUCACGUCGACUAAUGCUAGUAUUUCUUUUUUUGAUGCGACGCCAAAAUCUUGAGAAGCAACAACUUUUUGGAGUAGGGAGUAUUUAUAUAUAGAAAUUGUUUUCUUUUU